CACACACACACACACACUCACACACACACACACACACACACACUCUGCACACACGCACACACACAGUACAAAGGACCUCCUAUUUCAAUCCACGCACUACAUUACCAGAGCCUCCUCCAACGCGCAUACAGCAACUCCUCUUUCUCUCUCUCUUCUUCAGCUCUCCGGUCCCGGUCAGAACGGACGGUAAGCUCAGGAUCCAUGUCUUCUAACGGCGGUUGUACCGGUGGCGGCGACGUCCUGGAGAUCCAGCUCGGGCUUAUUAACGCCGGGAAUAAAUAUCUAACGGCUGAAAUGUUCGGUUUUAAAAUCAACGCGUCCGCCACGAGCCUGAAGAAGAAACAGAUGUGGACAUUGGAGCAGAACACCGGCGACACUGCGGGAGACUCUGCUGGCGGCAGCGUGGUGUUCCUCCGGUCACACCUCGGACGGUAUUUGGGUACCGAUAAAGACGGCAACGUCACCGGGGAGAGCGAGUCUCGAGGCAAAGACUGCAGGUUUGUGUUAACGGCGCAUGAUGACGGCCGCUGGUCGCUGCUCUCUGAGCCCUACGGGAGAUACCUGGGAGGCAGCGAAGACCGGAUCAGCUGCUUCGCUCAGACGGUGUCAGCAGCAGAGAAGUGGUGCGUCCACCUGGCCAUGCAUCCCCAGGUGAACCUGUUCAGCCUGGCCAGGAAGCGUUAUGCCCACCUGACCUCUAACCCCGACCACUCUGAGGUGUCUAUAGACCGAGACGUCCCGUGGGGGGUUGACUCCCUAAUCACCCUGGUGUUCCUGGACCAACGCUACCACCUGCAGACGUCCGAUAACCGCUUCCUGAAGAACGACGGCAGCCUGGAGGCCACGCCCGACAGAACCACCGGAUACACGCUGGAGUUCCGCUCCGGAAAGGUGGCGUUCAGGGAUUGUUCCGGGCGCUACCUGGCGCCGUCGGGGCCGAGCGGGACCAUGAAGAGUGGGAAGAGCAGCCGCGUGGGGAAGGAUGAGAUGUUCUCACUGGAGCAGAGUCACCCUCAGGUGGUUCUCACCGCCGGAAACGAGAGGAACGUCUCCACCAGGCAAGGCAUGGACCUGUCGGCCAAUCAGGACGAGGAGGGUGACCAGGAAGUGUUCCAGGUGGAGAUGAGUCGCGAGACAGGAAACAGGAAGAGUGCGUUCCGGACCGCUGCCGGGAAGUACUGGACCCUCACCGCUACCGGAGGACUGCAGUGUACUGCCUCCACUAAGUCAGCUAACAGUCAUUUUGAUCUAGAGUGGCGUGAGGGGAAGGUUUCUCUCAGAGCCUCUAACGGGAAAUAUGUUGCUGCCAAGAGGAACGGACAACUAGCUGCAACCAUCGACAACGCAGCGGAGGCGGAGCAGUUCCUGAUGAAGCUGAUCAACCGGCCAAUCAUAGUCCUCCGUGGAGAACACGGUUUCAUUGGCUGUCGUAAGGUUGGCACGGGAACGCUGGAUUCUAACCGCUCCUCCUACGACGUCUUCCAGCUGGAGUUUAAAGAUGGCGCCUACAGCCUCCGAGACUCACAGGGGAAGUUCUGGUGCGUGGGCGAGGAGUCCGCAGUGGUGUGCAGCGGGGACACGCCCACUUACUUCCUGUUUGAGCUGUGUGACUACAACAAGAUGGCGGUGCGGGCGCCGGGGGGGCGGUACCUCAAAGGAGACCACGCCGGGGUUCUGAAGGCCAACGCUGAGGGGUUGGACAACGCCACUCUCUGGGAGUACUGA